ACUGUGUGCGAGAAUUGUACGAGAUUCAAGAUGUCUGCGCCCAUGAAGUAAACUUUGGAAUUGAGACGCUCUCUUAUCUGUUGCGCCAUUUUCUUAACGUGUAGGGUCCAUCAUGAGUCUCAGCAAAGAUGAAAAGAAAAGAGAGCCAAAUGCCGCCGAGAGGAUGUUGACGGCAUAUUUGAAUUCACUACAAACACAGCCAAUAUUGACGAAAGCUUGCACCAGCGGCACUAUUGCUGGUUUGGGUAACUUCCUCUCACAAGUGAUUGUACCAAACCAAGGAAAUGGAGGCAAAAUUGUAUGGCGCAGCGUCUUUGCAUAUGGGACAUUUGGGUUUUGUAUCAGUGGACCUCUCAUACACCACUUUUAUCAGAUGCUUGAAAAAAUGAUGCCGAAAAAGAAAGAUGCUGCUAUGUUAGACGGCAUCAAACGAGUGGUAAUGGACCGCCUGAUCUGUGCUCCCCCCUUCCUCCUGCUCUUUCUCUACAUUGUACCUAUCCUAGAGGGAAGUGGACAUGUGGCAGCUGUUAAGAAGAUAAAGGAGACGUUUAUUCCUGUACUACUAAUGAACUGGAAAGUCUGGACCAUAUUCCAAUUCAUCAAUAUAAAUUACGUCCCUCUUAAAUACCGUGUGUUGUUUGGUAACGCCAUCGCUCUGAUAUGGUCUAUCUACCUUGCCACCAAACGACGACAAAUGGCGCAGUGAUAGUGAUCAUCCUGAACCUCAACUUCAUGGGUCAGCGAACUCAAGGCCUGGUUAUCUUUGGAGGAACAAUAUCUGGAAACUUUUGUACCCGGGUAAAAAAUCUGUAUCAAUCUUCACAUACUUUAGUAUCAUACUGUUAGGUCUAGUCAAUGGGACCCAGACAUAGAGUAUCGUACCAUUAGGUCUAGUCAAUUUGACCCAGACGUAGAGUAUCGUACCGUUAGGUCUAGUCAAUUGGACCCAGACGUAGAGUAUCGUACAGUGAGGUCUAGUCAGUUGGACCCAGACGUAGAGUAUCGUACUGUGAGGUCUAGUCAGUUGGACCCAGACGUAGAGUAUCGUACUGUGAGGUCUAGUCAGUUGGACCCAGACGUAGAGUAUCGUACUGUGAGGUCUAGUCAAUUGGACCCAGACGUAGAGUAUCGUACAGUUAGGUCUAGUCAGUUGGACUCUGACAUAGAGUAUCGUACAGUGAGGUCUAGUCAGUUGGACCCAGACGUAGAGUAUCGUACUGUGAGGUCUAGUCAAUUGGACUCUGACAUAGAGUAUCGUACAGUGAGGUCUAGUCAGUUGGACCCAGACGUAGAGUAUCGUACAGUGAGGUCUAGUCAAUUGGACCUAGACGUAGGAUAUUUGUGUCAUUCCACUGUCAGGUACCAGCAGUUGUUUUUCUUGUUCAUAGUGAAAAACAGACUUUAAUCUGUCUGUAAAGUUAUGGAUUUUCACCAUAGGAAGAAAACUUGAAAUAUUGUCCAGACUAUUAGAAAAUAACUAUAUUUUCUCAAUGCAUGAUCUAUGCAAAAAGAUGAUAAAAUGUAAAAAGAUUUGUCAGUCUUUUUUCUGCACUGCAUUCAACGAAAGCUCAGGUAUUUUUUCUGCCUUAACUGUGCUGGUUGUUUGUUUAGUAACUACGUAUAAAUCAAUCUUACAUCAUAUUUGAUGAUUGUCAUGGAUAAUAUUAAGGUUCCAAGUUCACGUACGUCACUGUAUGUUUGUAUUCUGAAUUUUUUUAGAUGAAACAGAUUCUUUGAUUAAACAAUAAACUUUAUAAUAAAAUUUGCCAUCAGGGAUUUCAUAUCUUUGACUCAAAUCAGGUCAUAUAAUAGAGUUUUCUUUUUUUGUCUCUUCCAACGAAAAGUUAACCAGGCAGUGAUUUACCACUGAUUCAUAGUUGGCUUUAUUACUAUGCAUUAUCAAGUGAGGUUGUCAAUAAUUACGAUGUGAUACUGUAAAUGUGAAAUUGUAGUAUCCAAGAGACUAGUAAUUACAACACAUUGAAGAUUGUAAUAAUUUAUUAUAUCACAUAUAUUAUUAUAUGUACAUAUUUUAGCUUAACAAUUUCAUUGUUGAUAUUUUCUAGAAUUAUAGAAGAGCAUGAUUCUAGAAAAAUAUCAAAAAAAUCGCCAGCGACUACACAACUUGUCUCUCAUCCAUUUUAUCAUUUUGGGCAAUAUGUUUAAAUCAGAUCAUAGACUAUACCAUCUGAUCGAUACCUGAAGUAAAUUGUUAACAUCACUGAUAAAAUUAGUACUAAGGUUGCUCCUUAGAUGUCACGUUAAAGAUGAUUUUGCUCAAUUUUGUUGAAACUAGAAAUAUGACUAUGCUUGUAAUAAGAGACAGGGUUGAACGUUAAUGAAGCUUAAUCAUAAUCGCUGAAAUAAUUUGAUUUAAGGAUUGGUGAACUAGAUUUCAUAUUUAUUCAGAUAACGAUGGUGAUUUUCAUAUGUAUAUCUUAUAUAGACAAAUUAAUAAUGAUCUCUUAGUAUAUUUAUUGGUCCCGAAAUUUAAUGAUAUGGAACUGUGUCAUUCAGGAAACUCCUGAAUGUAACAUUGUUAUUUAUAAUAGCAGUGUUGCCAUAGUUACUAGCUAUAGUCACUAUUUACAAUUGUGGUUUUGACUUUACCCAGAUACUGUAUGUUUUGCAAUAUCUUCCUAGCUAAUAGGAAAUGUUUUUGUUAUUUUCCAUUGUUUUGUUUUAUUUUUCACAAAAUAACUUUUGAUCAUUUGAUAAUUGUACGGACAGAAGGGUUACAAGUUAAUGGAACACAUGAGUUAUAGCAUUAAUCAUUUUUUAGUUUUACAUAAAAUACCAUGUUUUUGUCAACAGUUUUGCAGUCUGUAAAUCCAUUUUAACUUUGAAUUGAUUAAGUAUCCAUUUGUUACUGUACCAAAUCAUCUGUAACCAUGGUAAUGAUGAAGGGACACAACUCUCACAUCAUACAGUACUUUAGUUACUGUACUGGUUAGUAUAAAUCAUCUGUAACCAUGGUAAUGAUGACGGGACACAACUCUCACAUCAUACAGUACUUUAGUUACUGUACUGGUUUAAAUUUAGUGUAAAUCAUCUGUAACCAUGGUAAUGAUGACGGGACACAACUCUCACAUCAUACAGUACUUUAGUUACUGUACUGGUUAGUAUAAAUCAUCUGUAACCAUGGUAAUGAUGAAGGGACACAACUCUCACAUCAUACAGUACUUUAGUUACUGUACUGGUUUAGUAUAAAUCAUCUGUAACCAUGGUAAUGAUGACGGGACACAACUCUCACAUCAUACAGUACUUUAGUUACUGUACUGGUUAGUAUAAAUCAUCUGUAACCAUGGUAAUGAUGACGGGACACAACUCUCACAUCAUACAGUACUUUAGUUACUGUACUGGUUAGUAUAAAUCAUCUGUAACCAUGGUAAUGAUGAAGGGACACAACUCUCACAUCAUACAGUACUUUUGUUUUCCGCCUUGCAAGGAUGGUAAAAAUGUGAGUGUCUAAACAUUAUACCUUAUAUAAAUUCAUCUUUUUUGUAAAGUAUGCAUUUAUGAUAAACUUUCUUCAGCAUUUACAACAAUUGUACUUUUAUAUUACCAUUCCAUAUACAUUGUGAUAUUAAAAGUAAGUGAUAUACUAAAUCACUGUUACCAAUGAACUGUCUUAAUGACAUUCAUAACUGAUACGAAUCACAGAUUUGUAGGAAAUAAUCAUAUAACACCAGAACACAAUACGAAUGUAUAUGUUACUUAUUAAGUUUGCCAGUAAAGUUGUACCAAUUUAACAAUAAGUGUCAUAUCUAGAUGUUCAAUGGUCAAUUCUACACAUCCUACUUUAUCUAGAUGUUCAAUGGUCAAUUCUACAUAUCCUACUUUAUCUAGAUGGUCAAUGGUCAAUUCUACACAUCCUACUUUAUCUAGAUGGUCAAUGGUCAAUUCUACAUAUCCUACUUUAUCUAGAUGGUCAAUGGUCAAUUCUACAUAUCCUACUUUAUCUAGAUGGUCAAUGGUCAAUUCUACAUGUCCUACUUUAUCUAGAAUGUUCAGUGGUUUAAUCUACACAUCCUACUUUAUCUAGACAUUCAAUGGUUAAUUCUACAUGUCCUACUUUAUCUAGAUGUUCAAUGGUUAGUUCUACGCCCUACUUACUGUUUUGUGGAUUAUAAGGGAAAUUACUGUAGUCAUUCCCAACAGCACAAUCUAUUUCAUGAAUGAACCAUUUUCAUUGAUGCGAAUGAUAUAUCAUUUGGUAAUAAUCAUGAGAGCUGAGGCAUUUAUAGUCUGAUGAAUGGGACUUCUGCCCAAUCAAUUUAUGCAAGUAUACUUACUUUGUACUGGACAGAAGGACCAGAUACAUAUCAUUACUGUAGAGGUUUUUAUAUACACUGUAUACAACGUGUAGUCUGUAAAGUAUUACAGAGUUUUUAUAACUAUGUUCAUAUGCUAUAUCCCCAAAUAUUAAUUAUUGAAAUUCAUUGCUUGUACAAUUUUUACAAUAAAACAAUUAUGCAUUAUCAGAGUUACGAGA